AUGGGCGAUACUGGACCGGCGUGGCCUCCCGUGUCACGAAUCGCCAUCAUAGGAGCAGGUCCUGUGGGCGUCUCGUGUGCGAAAUAUCUGCUUGCCGAAAAGGCGUUUGCGACAAUUGACAUUUACGAGCAGCGCGGUCGCGUCGGGGGCAUCUGGAAUUUGUCUCUGCCGGAGCGAUCGAGACGGAUUCCAAUCCCGCAAAAUGACCCGCGAUAUGGCCAGCCAAAAUACCACGCUGAAAAUGGGGACAAUGCCACGGGUGACUCGGCAGUGCCCUCGAACUCUUUGGAAUUCGAAUCGCCACUCUACGACUAUCUCGAAACGAACAUCCCCAAACAACUCAUGGCAUUUGCUGAUAAGCCUUUUCCGGAAGAAGAGCCCUUGUUCCCUAGCCACCAGGCUGUGCUGAGGUAUUUGGAAGACUAUGCGGAUGAAAUUAGAGGGUUGAUCCGAUUUAAUACAGCCGUAAAAGAUGUGCGGUCCGUUAAAGGAGACGACACUGGGCGUGAAAGAUGGGAUCUGACGGCGCAGGACCUUCUCACGAAAGAGGUGACCAGAAAUGUGUAUGACGCAGUGGUGGUGGCCAAUGGGCACUAUACCGUACCAUAUGUCCCAGCGAUCAAAGGGAUUGCGGAGUGGAAUGCAGCAUAUCCGGGAGCUAUCAUCCACUCCAAAGCUUAUCGAAGACCAGAAGAUUUCAGGGGUAAAAAGGUCGUUGUGAUUGGGAACUCUGCUUCGGGCUUGGAUAUUGCCGCACAAAUCGGAAAGACCUGUCGGAAGCCCGUUUUGCUUUCGUCGAGAUCAGUUUCGGCUUUCGGGAUCCUGCCAGGCGGAGGAUAUAGGGAAGACGUUGAUGAAAUCGUCGAGUUUCUGUCACCUGAGCACGGGGUGUCCAGAGCAGUGAGAUUCAAGAGUGGCCGGAUUGAGAAGGACAUCGAUGCGAUUGUGUUUGCAACCGGAUACUUCUACUCAUACCCGUUUCUCUCCAGCGUAUUGCCGCCGCUGGUCACGGACGGCUUCCGAGCAAGAGGCACAUAUCAGCAUUUGUUUAGCAUCGACCAUCCAACACUGGCGUUUCCAGUGAUCAAUCUGAAGGUGAUUCCUUUCCCGCUGUCCCAGAAUCAGGCCGCUGUGGUGGCUCGGGUGUGGAGUGGUCGACUUGCCUUGCCUUCAACGGCAGAAAUGCGAGACUGGGAGCAGGAGACGGUCAAGCAGAAAGGAGACGGCAAAUACUUUCACGUGAAGAAAUUUCCCGAAGAUGCGGCGCAGAUCAAUGAGCUCUAUGCGUGGGCACUGCAGGCGACCAAGAAGGCGGGCCUGGAGAAUGGCGGUGUAGGGAAGCUGGGGACGACAUGGGACCAGAGACAAGUCUGGAUGAGGUCUAGAUUCCCGGACAUCAAAGCCGCAUACGUCGAGAGGGGAGAGGCUCGCAUCGAGGUGAGGACAGUAGAGGAGCUGGGCUUUGACUUUGCCAAAUGGCGAGAACAGGCGGAGGACAAAGACUUGGAGAUGUUUCAACGGGCUCAUUGUUCAUGA